AUGAAUGACUUUAAACCAAUUCCAGAGGCUGAAAAGCAUUCGGAAUUUUUACGUGAUGUCAUCGACGUGUUAUUUAAAAACGUAAUCUUUACAAGUGCGACAGAUAAAGUAGUUCUCUGGAAGCCCCCUCAAGAACUACAAGUUUUAUUUGACUUUAAGUUGGAGCAAGGCGGUGCGUCCCAUGAGAAACUUUUAACUUUGUUGAAAAACGUGAUUAAGUACAGUGUUAAAACAGGUCAUCCAUACUUCAUUAAUCAAUUAUUCUCUGGCUUGGAUCCUUAUGGAUUGGCAGGACAAUGGCUAACAGAUGCAUUAAACGCCAGUGUUUAUACAUACGAAGUAGCUCCGGUUUUCACAUUAAUGGAAACACAUGUUAUUGAAGAGAUGUGUAAAAUGAUAGGACCCGAUUGGUGCGAUGGAAUGUUUUGUCCCGGUGGAUCAACAGCUAACGGUAUUGCAAUGAAUCUUGCAAGAUAUUAUCUUGAUCCAAAGACAAAACUAAGUGGAAAUAAUCCUAAAUAUGUAAUGUUUACAUCUGAAGAAUGUCAUUAUUCCAUGCAUAAAUUUGCUGCUUUUAUUGGUCUUGGUGAAAACAACAUAAUUGAUAUUCAAACAGAUAAUUCUGGAAAAAUGGAUGCACAUGCUCUUCAAUCCGAAGUUCAAUCACAAAGCAGCAAAGGAAAAAUUCCAUUUCUUGUUAUUGCAACAUUAGGAAGUACGGUUCGUGGCGCUUUUGACCCUGUCAAUGAAUUAGCCGAUAUUUGCAAACAAUAUUCCAUGUGGCUUCAUGUUGAUGCUGCCUGGGGUGGCGGCCUCCUCUUCUCGCAGAAGCAUCGAACAAAACUAAAUGGAAUCGAACGUGCGAAUUCGAUAGUCAUCAAUCCUCACAAACUACUCGCCGUACCACAACAAUGUUCUAUUCUGUUCGUUCGACAUGCAGGUCUACUUCAUCGCUGCCAUUCGAAGGGCGCACAAUAUCUAUUUCAGAAGGAUAAGUAUUAUGACGGCAGCUAUGAUCCCGGUGACAAAUAUUUGCAGUGUGGCCGCAAGUGUGACGUGUUCAAAUUCUGGCUCAUGUGGAAAGCUAAAGGCUCGAUGGGGUUUGCGAGCCACGUGGAAACUCUGAUGGACCUUGCUGAAUACUUUGAACAGCAGGUUCAUAAGAGGCCUGACUUUCACCUGGUCUCGCAACGGCAUUACAUGAACGUCUGCUUCUGGUAUUUGCCCAAGUAUUUGCAGGGAAGGGCAAACUUUCUCGAAUAUUCCAGUCAACUUCAAAAGGUAGCUCCGCUGAUCAAAGCCGAAAUGGUAAAACACGGAUCUGUAAUGCUCAGCUAUCAACCACUGAAGCAGCUACCAAACUUCUUUCGUUUCGUUUCACAAAACUCCGCGCUACGGCACACAGAUGUCGACUUUAUCUUGGAUCACAUUUCAGAAAUUGGACGCGCUUUAUUUCCUUAGUUUACAAACGCAUCAUUUCACUUUUUAGUUAUUAUAACAACAACAAAAGAUUAUAUUUUAAUUAAAAGCGUUAGAAAGUUCAAAUCUUUAAAUAGGAUAUAAAAGUUUGGAAAUACUUCUGAUUUUACAAACUAGAUGUCGCUUCUACACCCGUUUUACACAAUAUUUUAUGUUAAUAAUUUAAAUAGCGUAUAUUAAGUAAAGGAGUGGUGCACUUCAACAAGCAAAUAAAUGUAUUAUAUACUUUUAAAACUAAAAGUUACGUAAUGGUAUGGUAAUGAAUGUUAACAAAGUCGUAAAUAAAUAUAUUACCGGUA